GUAGAGACUGCCUACCAGAGGGCCCAGACGCUGCCCUGCCAAGUGAACAAAAGGAAAGCAGAUGGGGCAUAGGACAUUUUAGGUGGCAAGCUUCCACGUGCAGCAGCGCUGGAGCGGUACAUGUAUGCAAGCCAGCACCUAUCAGGAGGCAGCACAGUCGUAGCUGCACAUGUGCUCGGCAUAGCUGGAAGGCAGCUUUCAGCACUGCAAAGGUUGGCAAGGGAAGAAGGAAGAUCUUGGGAGAGGAAGAGGCUGUGGGGACAGCGGAUACUUGGGGUUGGAGACUAUGGGAAGGCAGAAGAGUGCUUUCGUGAAGCAAUUCAGCUCGACAAUGACCAUGUUCAGAGCCUUGUUGCAUACGCUUGCCUUCUUUGGCACAGGGAUUUUCCUGCUCAUGCAGAGGUGGCACUUCACGCUGCCAUUGAAUCAUGGCAGCUGAAGAACAGUGCCCCGCAGGAUGAACUGACUGUAUUGAUGUGGAUUCUCCUUGCGCAGGUAGCCCCGGCUGCAGCGUUGGUAAGUCCGCACAUUCCGCGACGCAUGCUCACUCGCUCACAGACAGCAGGGAUGGAUCAGAAGCAAGGCGAAUCUGAUGCGGACUAUGAGACACGGAUGAUGGCUAUGAUGGCCGAAAGCAAGCAGCGGGCAGAGGCAGCAGCAGCUGCACGCAAGAAGGAGGCAGAGGCUGAGAGGCUGCGUCUUCUGGCAGAAGAACAACGGCAGAAGCACGCAGCAGCAGCAGUGAAGGCCGCAGAUGAAGAGCGCAUACGGCGGCGGGAGAUUCUAUUUAACGAGGAAAAUGCGGACAUUCACUCUCUCGACCACGCCAACCACGCGCUACAGCAGUCGGUGGAUCAGCUGACCAAGCGCGUAUAUCAGUCGGAGAAGCGACCAGUCGCCCCCUCCAGCGUCGGCCCCUCCGACCUUGCCGAUCGUGUAAACGUCUUGGAGAUAGACGCGGGAACGCUCAAGACUGGGGCACAACGGCUGGAGCAGCAGGUUUGCGCAGCGACAGCCGGCCCUAGCACGUCCUCCCGCGAGACCAUUCCCAAAUUUGACGGGGUCCCGAUCUUCUGCGACACAUCGAAGACAGACCCUAUACAGUGGUGGCGCCAGUUCGAACUCAAGCUGGACAUCCACAAGGUCGUCGACAACAAUCGACAUGCAUACUUGUACUCUCGGUCAGGAGGUGCGUGUCAAGCAUGGUUGGACAACAUGUUGUCCGCACACGCGUGCACAGUCUCCGAGCUGCAUAACUUCAUCACAUGGACUAAUCUCACGGCAGCAUGGCAGAAACAUUUCCAAGUGGAACCGCCCGAGCAUCAGACGAUGGACAAGCUGUUGACAUUUUCUCAGAACAACAUGCCAAGCGGAGACUGGAUAUCCGAGUUCCAACGCCUGGCGAGCAUGCCGAAACUGCCAAUGACCUUCGACAACAUUAAGCUCUACUUCAUCAAGAGGUCGUGCCCCGUGUUGCAAAAUGCGUUGACUCAAGUCGCCGAGAACCUCAACACAAGUGAAGAACUCUUCAACAAGCCCGCGCAGAUCAUUGUGAUGAACAUGGAAGCCAAGAAUAUUGGUCGCUCGUCGACUGCCGGCCAGGGCGCGUAUCAACAUCGGCCGAAAGUGGCCGUAGUCGCGGCGGCAACGCCGAGUGACCCUUCGAUUUCAAACGAGGCUGCCUCGUCUGACGAGGGAGACAGAUUAGCAGCUGCCCGGAACGGUGGCCGCCCCGCCGAAGGACGAGCCCAAGGACAGGAUGUAUGUGCGGUUUCUUCUCUGUUCGAAAGCAGCGACAUUGAGUCGUCUUCAAGUGGACCUUCACGGGAUUCGGCGCACGCGUUCAACAUAGAGGACUUGGACUCGUUGACGCCCGAGGAUUUUGCAUGGCUUCCUCUCCCUUCCACCGGCUGCUUACCGGAACCGCAAUGCGCAGCACCUAGCGCUCAUCUAAAUACAUACUUGGCCUUCUAUGCACCACCAACUUCGCCGACGGAUGACGAAGUCGCGGUGGGGGACAUCCUUGCGUGUGUUACGAAGGUGGCCCGCGAGUUUUGCACGCAGCGGUACGAUGAUAACAACGCACUGCUCCUUUAUGUCUGCAUCCAAGUUGGGCAAGCGUCCUACAACGCUUUGCUGGAUAGCGACGGGACUCACAAUUUCAUCAGCCAGUCCUUUAUCCAACGGGCCGGCCUUGGCCCACAAGUUCGAAGGAAGGCAAACCCUACGGCGAUCAAGUUGGCGGACGGAAGGACGCAACAACUCCUGGACCGCUACAUCGAGGCCGUACCGGUCUAUUUCGCACCUCAUGCAUGUGAACUGGUGACGUUUGACGUCUUGAACACGGACUUCGACAUCAUUUUGGGCAUGCCUUGGCUUGCAAGUGCGGAUCACACGGUCAACUUCCAUCGGCGGACACUUACGGUCCGCGAUGCCUUUGGCACCGAAGUGUCGUGUACCAUCCCUCCUCCACACCCUUCGAUCCAAUGCCAAGUUGUGACGGCCAAGUCUUUCCGGGCUACUUGCGCUUACAAGCGGCCCGACGAGAUAGGCCUAUGUUUCCUUCGAAUCGUCACGGUAGCCUACUCUCCACCCACGGACUUGUCUUCGGACCCCCGUGUGGUACGGUUGCUUGACAAAUUCACCGACAUCUUCGAGUCACCUACCAGCGUGGUGCCGGAUUGGCCAAUCUCUCACGAGAUCAUUCUCGAGGUCGGUGUCGUGCCGCCGAAAGGUUGCAUCUACCGCAUGAGUGAGGAGGAACUUACAGUACUCCGCGCACAGCUCGAUGACUUGUUGGACAAAGGCUGGAUCCGGCCUAGUAGCUCACCCUAUGGUGCACCAGUUCUCUUCGUGCGGAAGAAGAACAAGGACCUUCGCCUAUGCAUCGAUUGCCGCAAGCUCAAUGCACAAACCGUCAAGAACGUGUAUAACAGCAGGCAAAAGGAAAGAGAGGUGAUCAGCUGUUUGGCUGAGGCAAGGCGGAUGAACAAAGUGGUCAUGGAGAAGGAGACCACUGUCCGAAUGAGCAAAGAAAGAGAGGAGGCAAUGGCUUCUCCACCUCCCCCAAAACAGUCAAUCUAUCUCCCGGCUGGUCUCUAUCUGCUUGACCUGCACCUUGGAGUGGAAGCAGAGACCACUCUCUGCGGAAAUGUUGCCUCUUCCCUUGAUGACAGGGCCUUUGAAGACAAGCUGUCAGAUGUGGAUAAGCUGGUUUUCGUUGGACGUGCUUGCAACCUCUGCAAUGAUCUUGAGCGUGCUGAAUCAACUCUGCUGGAGGCAAUCAAUAUAGAUAAGAGAGAUCACAGGGCCUACAUCUGCCUUGGCCAUGUGUACCACCAGCACAAGCAGUUUGAGAAGGCCGUCAAAACCUAUGAAACGGUCCUGAACUUGAUGCAGAAGGAGUCACCCUGCGAGCUAGCAUUGUACUUGCGCCUUGGUGAGUCGCUCAUGACCCUGAAAAGGUUUGAUGAUGCCCGACAGUGUUUUCUUCAGGCGUGCAGGGCGGAUCCUGGUGUUUCCACCUGGCUGGGGGCUGGAGUUGCCUUCUACAACCUAGGGGAUCUCAAACAUGCUGAGCAGGCUCUGUCAGAGGCAAAUAUAUAUGACCAUGAGAAUCCUCUGGUAUGGGGUUAUCUAGCACUCGUUUGUCUGGCAGCAGACAGAAAAGACGAGGCUCAAAGUGCGUUGAAGGAGGCACUGAAGAGGGGGCUUGAUGAUGGACAACUGUUGGGAGAUAUUGGGCAAGCCUACAAGAAGCUUGGACUUUUCAAGUAAGUACGCUUGUCAAUCUGGCGCCCAUUGCUGUU